CCCUGUAUUAAGUUUUUAAUCCCCAAAUGCCACCAUAUUACUGAGUUUUGCUUCAUGAUGUAGCACUGUGUAUGUGUGUUCUCUCCUGUGUCCUAGGGGCCACUCAGCUUCAUGUUAUGAAGCUGGUUUCCAUGCUGACAACCCGUUUUGAAUUGCCCCCAGCUUCCUCUACCACCAUGCUGGAGAUGAAAAGCAUCAGCAGUGCUGUCUUUUCAGUGAAUUCUCUUUUCCAUUCACAUUUGAGUGAUCUGCAAUUCUGCUCUGGAAGAUGCAUACAUGGGGAAGAAGAGGUGGCCACAGCUCACACCCGUGCUUCACCGGUGGCUUCCUCACAAACUGGGUUCAUCCGUCUCUAGACCAGAAGGUGCCCACACCUCUGGGGCCACCAGGUGGGAUGUCCCAGUGUUAAAUUGUGCCCCUUCUCCCCAGCACACUGGGGUUGGGCAGUGCCCGAAAGCCCACCUUCGCCACCCCAAGCCAUCACCCUCAACUUCCAAGCGCGGUGAGGGAGCAGCAGCCAUUUUGUGCUCCAUCACGAGGCUGCCAGCACAGCUGGGGGGCUUUUACACACCUUUUUUAAGGCAUAGAUCUUUCUCUAAGAGGGGAGUUGUGAAGAAAGGGCCCAGAGGCUGCCCAGCCCCGUGUCUGGAGGCCAAGCAGGGCCACGCACCCAUCACAGCAGGUGCACCGAUGCCAUCCCAAGCACUCGAGGCAGAUCAGGAUUUGCAGCUGUGGAAGGAGGUUUUAACUGAGAGAUGCAUUGCUUUGGACUGUGUUGAACGCAAAGCAGUCUCUGGUUUGUCCUGCCGUUGAGUUACAGUAGAUCUCUGGUUGACAUCUCCAACUAAAAAACAAGCAGAUAAGCCAACAAAUGAACAACCACAAGUAACAGGACAUUUUUAACUUAGGCUUCCAAAAUGACUUAAGUUUGGUUUAUGUCAUUCACUGCUGACUUCUACCUCUACAUUUUCUUAUCCUGGAAGUAGUGAAGCUGAACAAAUAUACCCAGAGACAAUCAAAUGCAAGAUGAAGGGAAAAGAGACCGGGGAGGUUGUGUUACCAAUAAAAACUAUUUGAGGGGGAAUCUUGUGAGCUAUUAGCUUUCCCACUAUCUCUGCUAAUGCUUUCUCAUAGGUUGUCUCUAGAGAAAUGAAUCACCCCUUGUCUUGGAGUACUCAGAUAUGCAUUAUUUGUUUAUUGCUUUUUUCAGUUAAUGUUUUCUUCGCUAAAGACUGCUGUUUAGGGCUUUGUACCUAUAAUAAAAUCAUAAGACCUGUUGCAUUGCCCACUCUUUAUUUUAAAACCAAACAUUUUGAUGCAGUCUGUGAACAUAAUAAUGAUUGGCAAAGCUUUGUGGCACCUAGAAUAACAGUAUCAAAUAUUUAAUGGAAAAAAAUGGUGCAUACCAAUGCAGAUUGCAAUUGAUACAAUUUGAAAGUUGUCUUUUUUUUUUUUUUUUUAUUAUUAAACUGUGUAGCUUCUGUUGGAGCACUGGAGAUUUUUCCUCUUCCUUACAGAAUACUUUGAGCUUUCAGCACUUGUAAAAUUACUUCCAUGAAUUCAAAUGUUCUUUAUUCCACUUUUCCCUACCUGAUCGAUAAUUCCAUCAAAAAUGAUUCAGUAAUAUGAGACUCUUUCAUCUUGGAAAAGAGACAAUAGAAAUAAGAUAUGAUUGUCCAUACAAUGUCAUGAACAGUAGGGAGAGGAUGGGUAUGAAUCACUUAUUUGUUACUUCUUCCAAGACAAGAUCAUGAUAGCACUGAAUGAAGAUAGCUUUGGAAGGACUGAUCAAGACAAACAGAAAUAUUAUUUCAUGUGGUGUUCAGGAACCCCUUACCACAGGAUGAUGUGGAUGCUAAAAGUUUACAGCAUGUCACACAGAGACUGUUCAAGCUCACCAACCAGAAAUCCUCUGAGCUUCAUGAGAAACGAACUACUUCCAUCUCAAAGUGUUUGCACUACAGUUUGCUGGUGGUUGGUCCAUAAUAUGGACCUUAUUAAACCAUGGUUUUCUUCUUAGAUUCUCUCCCAAGUGCUGAUUGUUUUUUUUUUUAGGGAUAAGCCACACA